AUGAGAGUCAUGCUCACUCCGCAGAAGCAAGCAUGGAGGAUUCUUUGCAUUGUUUUGAUUAGCACAACAGGAGAAGUCAGCCCCUGUCCAAAAGGCAGUCGUGUCCACCUGCCCAGCCUGCGAUGCUUCUGGCUCUCUGAGAAGACAUCCACGUGGUCUGAGGCUUCAACUUCCUGUCAGCAAACUCGCGGAGGACGUGUGGCAGCUGCUGACAAUUUGGCGCUCCAAAACUUCCUCCACCACUCAUUCCCAGUGAAAAGCACUGAGUGGGUUUGGAUUCAGGGAGCAAGUGGAGAUGGACCAGACAAGGUUGGACUUGUGGAGUCAGCAAGUCCUGCAUGGCAAGGUGGAGGCAGAGACAAACAGAAAUUGUGCACUCAGAUGGCUCUGGGGAUGCCUGGAAAUUGGAGGACAUCCCCCUGUGUUAAACAAUACUACUUCUUCUGUCAAAAUGAAUUAAAUGAGUCUUUGCCAGACCCGGACAGUUACCUGGUGGGAGUGGUUCUGAUGACUGGCAUCUACCAUCGUGUCCAGAUCGACCCCUUACCAAAUGUCCCUGAUGUUGAACAACACACUGUGGAGAUACAGUUGUUCCCGGGCUUGUGGUUCAAUCAUGCAGGUCAGGUGACUUCACUAGAACUAGUGGUGCAGCCCAGCUCGACCUCCUCUUUGGCCCGCAUUCAAAUCCUUCGACCCUACUGCAACCCCAACAACCACCUAGUACCUCCAGGUUGCAGUUCUCUGUUGAAUCCAUUCAGCUGCUGCUCAGUGGUUCCGCUGUGCAACACGACAGGGGGCUGCAGCACGGGCCAGUACUGGUGUCAUAUACUAGAAGCCUGUCUUCCCAACAGCGAUCCUUGUUCUCUUUACGCCUCAGCAGCAGUGGGACGCGGCUUUGCGUUACCACCCAGAUACCCAGCAAUAGCACCUUUUUACCACUUGGUAGCAGAAUUACCCUUGAGAAUAAGCCCCUUCUCCGAACUGCAAACUUUCAGCGUUCUUCUUACAGAAGGAGCCAUCAUUGUCUACCCUGACGAUAUUGUUGCCAUUCAACACAAUCGUAACCCUGGAGCCUUUCUACACUGCCUCACCAGCAAUGCCUCCCUAAAUUCUGUGUGGCGACAGAGUUACCGAUCUCUUCGGGGGGCGGAGUGGGGGGGCUGGUGGGAGGGAGGCCUCACUUUCAUGCCCCAAGGUGAACACUGGGUGGAUGGGGUGGUGUGUGAUCUGAGAUUGCUUUAUGCAGACACACUUCAUGGAGGUAGUGAGCAUAACCCGAUGGUGGAAACCACCACACCCUCGUACAUGAAUGCCCUGACACCGAGUGUAAGAUCUACAUUUGGGCUAAAGCUCAUCCACCCUCCACUGGAUGGAAAGAACCAGAUCCACAUUCAAUGUAACGUUCCAACCCUCAUGGUUGUCAUGGUACGAUCAGGAGAGAAAGCCAAGUGUUCAUGGUCAGCUCCAGUGCUCCAAACUGGACUUCCCUUCAGUCGAACUUGCCCCGAUGUUCUGCCCAAAUGCGAGACCUAUUCUGAGCAUAUGUGGUUCUCUUCUGUAACUCUAGUCUUACCUUCAGUGGGGCUUCAGACGCUGAACAUCAGCGUGUCAGAUGCAGUAAGAUCUCAGAGUUUGAAUGUGAACAUGUGUGGCUACGAUACAGUGUCGGGACUCAGCGUGGAGCCACGUGGACACGAGAGGAUGCUUGUGGACAUUCCUCAGUCAUUUACAGCCCGAGUGGAUAGUGGCUCAUCUGUGAUAUUCUCAUGGGUCAUUGACAACUUGGAAGCAUUUGCAUAUGAAGGAGAAUCUUACAGUGUUGCGUUCAAGAAAGCUGCUGAGUACAAACUAAAGAGCAAAGAGCUCCUCCUGACCGUCGAUGAAAUGAACCCACUGGGUGAGCCUGAGUUCAUGUCUGUCAGGGAGGUUGUAGCAGUGGGUGCUACACACCUCUUCACCCUCAGGGUCAAAGUGGACAUCGCCCUGCCAGCUACAUUUAGAUGGGAUUUUGGAGAUGGUAAGAGUAGAGUUAUCCAUACCGAGCCUGCUCCUGGUGAGACCACGGAGGCACUUGCGGAAAGAGGAGAGACUCAAGCGUUUGUGCAGCACUCUGUGAACUUUACCUAUUUGACACCAGGUAACUACAAACUUCAAGUGGGAGUUUCCAACCAGUAUGAAAAAGUACAUAAAUCUAUCGAGAUGAGCGUCCGUCCUCUAUUAAAAUGUCUCUUGCUCGAUUAUUUCCCUCUGGUGGGCAUUGUUAAUGAGACUUAUCUUCUCGAGGGCUCCACUGUUCCUGCCGCCUACAACAUCACCUACACAUGGGAUUUUGGUGACAAAUCCAAAGUUGUCCAAUGUGCUGACCAAAAAGUUGAACACACCUUUUCCUCUGCGGGAGAUUACAACAUCACAUUGAGUGCCAACAACACUCUUUCUGUGCUUAACACCUGGCACAUGGUAGAAGUUAUGGAGAAAAUAACUGGACUUAGGGUCAGCUGCAACGGACCCAAUGAGUUGGGCUCUGUUACAGAUUUCAGAGCUACUGUUGCAACUGGUACGAGGCUUAUUUGGGAUUAUGAGUUUGGCGAUGGAUCCAAGCACGGAAGCCUUACAAAUGGCUCAGUUUCACAUAUCUACAAGUUUCCUGGAAAAUACACAGUUAGGGUAAAUGUCUCGAAUUCUGUCAGCCAUGCACACCAGUUUAUCAGUGUGGUGGUCUAUAGGUUGGCUGUUAAAGGAGUGACACCUACUGAGUGUGUCAUGACUGGUAGAAACACUGAGUUUUCUGCUUUGCUGAAUGGAAAUGUAUCCAUGCUAGUUUUCCUUUGGCUGUUUGGUGAAGGAACACCUGUAACUGUGGUGACAGGGCAAUCCACAGUUACACACAUAUUUUCCAGCCCAGGGUUUUUCCAUGUUAAUCUUACUGUGAAAAGCUCUAUUGGGACUGUCUCAUACAAUGGCACUAUCUGUGUCCAAACAGCAAUAACUGACAUGGCAGUGCAGUCAUCUAAAGAUAUAGUAGCCACAGGGGAGGAAGUCUGUUUCAGGGUGUUAUUUUCUCCAGAACUGAGAGCAGGUUGCCAAUUUAAGUGGUUCAGCACCUCUUACAGUCAAGCUUCUAUGACAGAACAUACUCAACAGUGUUUUACCUUCAGUGAUGAAGGCCUUAAAGAGGUAUCUGUAACAGCAAGUAACAAAGUAAGCAACAAAACAGUCAUUGCGAGCAUCACUGUUCAAAAACCUGUCAGCAAUUUCUCUUUGGUGUGUGAAAGUGAGACUGUGACUGUCAAUACAUUUGUAUCAUUUUGGGUUGCUAGUUGCACAGGCAGCAACGUGUCUGUGCUGUGGGAUUUUGGAGAUGGUUCCCGGGCAGAGCAGACACAAAAUGUGUCGCAUGUCUUUACCGCAACGGGUGAAUUCACUGCAACCGCCACUGCAUUUAAUGCCAUAAGUCAUAAAUCUGUGACCCUCAAGUUGAAUGUCUUGCAUCCUGUUUCAGACUUUAGCCUUCAAACUAUGCAGCCGUACAGUGUGGUUGGAGAAGAAACUUUUAUCACAGCAGUUAGCAGUGAAGAGAAGAGUGCCACCUACUAUUGGACAGUGGAUGGUUUGGUGCCAAAACAAGGAACUUGGAAGUUUAGAUUUGUUUUCCCCAAAGCAGGAGUGUAUCAAGUGAAAAGUACAGCCCAGAACUUGGUGAGCAGAAGGGAGGCAGUGAUUUUCGUUGAAGUCUUUGAGAGAAUAGAGGGUCUUCACAUUGAUUGUCCUAGAUUGACAAAUAUGACAUAUUUACCGACCCAUGAGGAUGUGGUGUUUGUCGCUUCUGUCACAAAAGGCUCCAAUAUCACAUAUAAGUGGCUUGUUAAACAAAAUGAAAUAAAGCAUCAGGUUACAGCUGAUGGAGAACGUUUUCAGUUUGUUGUUCAAACUCCUGGUCGGCUCACAAUUCACUUAAGUGCCUCUAACAAGUUGAGUGAUUCCAACAGCUUUGCUUCUGUUCUGGCUGUAGAACAUGUAACAAGUGCACACAUAGCCACACGAACAGAUAUUGUGGCAGUGGGGAAGUUUGUGAAUAUUUCAGUGUCUGUCCUUACCGGUUCUGACCUGAAGUACUUUUGGUAUGUGGACACUGAUCUUCCACUCCUUGAGACAGAUGCCCCUUUUCUUCUUCACAGGUUCACAAGCUCAGGGCAUCGUUUUGUUAAAGUUUCAGUUCAGAACGCCCUCAGUGAAAGUAAUGACACAAAAAUCUUUACAGUUCAAGAAGAGAUCGAAGAGGUGGACUUUGGAAUAGGUGGCAAGAUGUUUCCGUUUCAUAUGAGCACAAGUACUGCUGUGUCUUUCCAAGGGUUUGUCAACAAAGGUAGUGAUCUGCACUGGGACUGGCAAAUUAGAGAUCCCAUAAAUAACCGUUUUUGUGCAACCAACCACACCUUUACCUACACCUUUCUCCAUGAAGGCAUUUAUAGAGUGUCUUUGAAUGUCUCCAAUGCAAUUAACUGGCAGGAAGUUACACACAGUGUAAUCGUCCAGGAUCGAAUCGAAGGUCUCACUCUAAACAUUACCAAGGAUACUUUCUGUUCUGAGGAGGAAGUUACUUUCUUACCAACAGUCAAGAAAGGAAGCAAUGCAAGCUUUGUUUUGAUCUUUGAAACUAAAGACUGGAUGCAUAGUCAGAAUGUGGUUGAUGGAUUGUUCACCACAUCAAACCUUCCAGCAGGGACACAUAUUGUUAAACUGACAGCUUGGAAUCAGGUGAGCAGUGCACAGAUGUCAACCCAACUGCAGAUCUUGGAGAAUGUAAAAACUGUACGACUCUUAACCCCUGUCCACCAUGCCAUAGAGGCUCUGAAGAAGUUUCAUUUUGAGGUGGAUAAUCAAAAUGAGUUUGCAGUCAACUACACCUGGAAAUUUUACCUAGGAGAUACUGAACCUUUGUGGCGCAGAGGAAAGGAAGUCAUCUUUACGCCACACAUCAAUGGUUCAUUGUCAGUGACUGUGUUGGCAAGCAAUGGUGUUUGCUUCAAGAUGCUAAACAAGACUCUGACAGUUGAAUGGCCUGUUAAAGAGGUCCAACUUGUUUGUCACUCAAAACCAAUAUUUUCUGGCCAUCUUGUACUAUUUUCUGCUAAAAUUAAUGGAGGGAGCAACCUGAGAUACGUGUGGAAACUUGGAAACUCCAUAAAAGAGUGGCCAACACAUCUCAGUGCAGUCAAUCAUACAUUUGACAAUGUUGGGGUAUACAUUGUAAUGGUCAACGUCUCCAACAGUGUCAGCCAAAUGUCUACACAACUACGCAUAAAAGUGGUGGAGUUGGAAUGUUCCAACCCUCAAGCCUCACUUAUCCAAAGCCGGCCAACUAUCUUCAGAUCCAGAGUGAGUUUCUUUGAAGCAAGUGUGGAUAUUAACUGCUCUGCCUACAAGACAACAUACCAGUGGGAGAUGUUCAGAGUAUCCAAUUGCACUAAUGUUAAUAUGGACUUAACUGGGAACAGAGUCCUUCUCAAUGGUACAACGUCACCUUUUCUCCAUCUUCCAAAGCAUACUCUCAAUGUGGGACAGUAUUGCCUUUUAUUCACCGUUUCACUCCAAGGAACCCCUUUGCUAGUGCAACAAAAAACCACAGUCACGGUGGUCUGCUCCCCGUUGGUGGCUGUCAUUAAGGGAGGUUCACAUAGACUGUGGUCAAGCACCCGUAAUCUUGUUCUGGAUGGAAGUGCGUCUCAAGAUCCUGAUGCAGGCCAAGGCGAAGAGGAUGCACUCCAAUAUCACUGGACCUUCAUGAUAGAGGUGACAGUGUGUGAAACACAACAACUUGCUGUGUUUGUGGAGUGUCUAUCCUGUCCAAGCCACACCCCCAUCAUCCUGUCUGGACAUUGUGGAGAGUGUGAUGACCAAGCUCAGUACAAUUGGAGCGCUGAGGAUGAGUCAGGCACGACAGUUGACCUCGAAAAGGUCGCCACCUCUACAGGAAGACACUCCUCUAAAUUGGUGUUACGUUCAGAUGCUGUGCUGCCAGCGAACAUGUAUACCUUCACUGUCAAUGUGACCUUGCCUGGCAGUGGCAGGUGGGGCAGCGCAAGUCAAAUGGUUGUACCUAACAAGCCCCCUAAUGGAGGUCUGUGCGAAUUGAAGCCAGAGUCGCACAUUCAUUCGCUUGGGACUAUAGUCACCUUCAACUGUUCAGGUUGGAGAGAUGAUGAAAACACAUCCUCUGAGCUCAUCUAUACCUUUCAGGUUGCACCAUGCCAUCCUAUAAUGUGCCCUGUUCUCACUCUGUACAAGGGCACCCGGUCAACUUUUGGCAGCAUAGUUCCAGUGGGGAGUCCUGUGAAAGGACAAAAUAAGUCACUUAUUACAGUUACUUUGCACAUAGAAGACAAUCUUGGGGCAAGUAUCAUGGGUCUAAACAGAACUCUGAGUGUUCAGACUCACGUAAAUGCCAGUGAGUGGCUUAGAACAAAGAGCCAAACAGAAAUGUGGGCCUUAGUCCAACAUGGCAACCCUCAGGAAAUCAUCCCGUAUUCCAUUGCUCUCACCAGUCAGCUCAAUCAGAUCAUGUCUGGACAAAGAACCAGAGAGCUCACAAUGAAGAGGGAGAUAAGAGAAAAUGUUACAAAAGCUUUGGUCUCUCUCCCUAUUUCCUCCCUGAUGGAUGUUGAUCAAAUCAGCUCAGCUUUAGCCCAGUCCACUGCUGUUCCCCCUGACUUAAUGUGUGUCAACUGUCAGGAGAAGGUUCUUGAAGCAGUCGGGAAGAUGAUUCACGUAAUGGAAGAACACAAAAGUCCUGGUGGUGGUGUUUCAGCGUUUGACACCGGGAGGAACAUCCUUAGCAUCAUAGGUAGCUCUCUGGCUGCUGCGUCGUUAUCGGCCAUUGCUUCAAGUCCUCGUCAGAACUACUCCAGAAGUCUGCAGGCCGCUUCAGUCAUCACCUUGUCGGCAAUGAGCCAUGCAGGGGCCUUAAUGCGCUCCCUGAUGCAUUCACCCGCUCCUGGUGAGGUGCCCCUUUCGUUCGUCACACCUUACAUCAGUACAGCCGGUUUCAUUGGAGACCCCUCCGACCUUCUCGGCUCUAAGCAGUCGAAUCCCUCCCAGCUAUCAACUCCAGCAUGUCCAUUUCUAAUCCCAACCUCACUCACCACUCACCUCAAGAGUCAGCGCUCAGAGCUGGUGCAGGUGGUUUUGGGUCUGGAUGAGUCUCACUCGUUCUUGCCCGCCGCUGACCCUCCGAUCUCCACCACCCUGGUCGCCAUGGAGAUCACUACUCCUCAGGGCGAGCCCAUACCCAUCCAAGAUCUGGAGCCUGACCAGGCCAUUCGAGUCACCCUGCACAGCAAGCUUCCUGUGGAGAAGAGUAACUCAAGUGGGGAUGGGAGAGUGGAUGGACAUACUGAUGGUACAUGUCCCACUGUUGCGCUUCCACCUGAGAAACAUUUGAACUUCACAAUAAAAACUGUGGGUGGCCUGGAUGACAAUACAGGUUUAUACAUCUCCUUCAACUUCAGCUUGUUACCAGGAGUCACCACAGAGACUCUGGGCCUUGUUACGAUAGAAAUGACAAGUGGAUCUCAGGAUUCCUUCAUAAAAGAGUGGCCUAUCAAUAUUUCGACUCUUAAAACCUUCACAGAGGAAACUAUAUUUCUGUCCCCACACUCUGUGUGCCAGUACUACAGCGUCAAGGAGAGGACUUGGAGUAGUGAGGGUCUCAAGCCACUGGACGGCACUACACUCCAAACAGUGCAGUGCCUGACGCACCACCUCACCAUGUUUGGGGCCAGUUUGUUUCUUCAUCCUGGGGCCGUUGUGCUACUGCCGCCUGCAGGUGGUCCCAGUCUUAAUGUGAUGGUGGGGAUUGUAUGUGCUGUUCUGAUCCUGAUUCACCUGCUGGUGGGACUCAUUGCCCAUAAACUGGACCACAUGGACAGCUUGAGACAGAGCCAAGUACCCCUGUGUGGUCGAUCGGGACUGUACCACUACAGAGUGCUGGUCAAGACUGGUUGGAGGCAUGGAGCAGGUACCACAGCACAUGUUGGCAUCAGUCUGUAUGGUGUCAACAAGAGCGGCUCUCGCCAUCUGCAAAGGGAUGGAGCUUUUCAACGUGGCAGCCUGGACCAGUUUCAUUUAGAGACAGACGACAACUUGGGCGAAGUUUGGAAAAUUCGAAUAUGGCAUGACAACACAGGCUUAGACCCAUCCUGGUAUGUUCACCAUGUGGUGGUCUGGGACCCUAUGACUGACCACAUGUUCUUCUUCCUGGUGGAUGACUGGCUCUCUGUGGAAAAUCCGAAGAAUGGUACAGUGGAGAAAGAAAUCCUGGCCUCAUGUCCCGAAGAACUUUCCCAAUUUCAGCGAAUCCUGUCAUCCCAGUUGCUUUUUGGAAUGGUGGAGCGCCACCUGUGGCUAUCGCUAUGGGAACGCCCCAUCCACAGUGUUUUUACCAGAGCUCAGAGAGUUACCUGUAGUGCUCUCAUGCUGCAUCUGUACCUGGCAUUGGCUGCUCUGUGGUACGGGGCUGUGGGUUCCGAGGGGCACAGUGGGCCAGUGUCAGCCAAACUGCUGGUCAAUAUGGAAACUGUUGCGGUGGGGAUGGUUGUUGCAGUUCUGCUGUUUCCUCUUCAGUGUUUGAUCUGCUUUUCGUUUAGAAAUGCCCACAGUCAGGUAAUCGUGGACAUGUCAGUUCCUCCGUCACCAGUUUGUUAUUCUGUGGAGAUGGAUGUCUACCUCAGCCAAUCAGAACUAUCAGGGCCAUCUUUUUCCAGCCCACUUCGAGACAGUCCCUCAUCAUUACUGGAGAGCAAAGCUAUUGACUCCAGCAUCUUGGACUUCUGGGCUGCUUCUGGUUUAGUGCCCCAAAACGACGGCACAUGUCAGGACGAUAUUGCGGCUUCCUGGGCAUCUUGUGACAGUCUGCUUAAAGAAUCGGAAGUCCCUGAGACCUGUGAGGCCUCACUUACUUUGUGCACAACACGCCAACUAAGAAGGAAAAAGGCUCGCAUGCAGCUGAACUUGACCUCCUCUUCUGACCCACCUGCUGCCCUACUUCAUCCCCUCCAAAAAGACACUAUGGACAAUCACUCUUCUCCUGCUCAGGAUCGGGAUAUUUCCAAUCCGCUGCAGGCUCACAACCACAAUAUGACAAACAUUUUGACUCUGUCCGAGGAGAAUCUGCUGAUGUCAAUAGAAGAAGCAACAGAGGACAGUGUCCAUUUCACCAGAAACAACUCAGACAGCGGUCGGGACUCUCCCACUACGACCUCAUCAUUCUCUAAUGCCCAGAGCACCUUGUGUAGCAGUUGGUCGGAUCACACUGAGGAUAAAUACCUCCAUGAGCCGGAGUUUCUUAAGUUUGAGCCUCAUUCGUGUCCUUCCCUGUGCGAGACAAAACUCUACAAAUGUCCGUCUGUUCUAUCUAUGGACUCGGUGGCCAGCACCUUCCUACCGAGUCCUUAUCCUGACUCGACAAGAUGCUCCUCCACCACACGCAUUGGCAUCAUUAGAUGUCGGCGCAGCUGGCUGUUUCCUCCCUGGGUGCUGUAUAUGAUCUACCCACUAGUAGCUGUCCUGAUCGGAGCCUGCCUUGCUCUUGUCGGAAUCUAUGGCAGCCUCUUCUCCAGAACAGUGGUCCUCAUGUGGCUCAUAUCUGCGCUGUCUGCCUUCCUCACCUCUGCUCUCCUCCUGGAACCUCUCAAGGUGUGCAUUCAGGCCCUGAUCUACACUGUCAUUUGGCGACCUGUGGAUCCAGAGGUGGAGGACCAACUAGCCCAGGAGACCACAGUGGUGAGAGCAUUUGGAGAACAUGGUAGGAAGGUUCGACCACCCUGUGGCUAUGGACUGCUGCAGGCUAAGGAGGAGGCUAGGAAAGUCCGUGCACUGAGGUCACUCAUGAGGCAAUGUGUGUUCCAGCUGCUAUUUCUGUUGCUGGUGCUCAUGGUGAACUACCAGGACAGUGUGGAAAGAAGCCAGGGGCGGCUGUUGCACUCCGCUGUUAGACGCCAGCUUCACAGCGCUCCCGACGGUGACCGCAACCUAACAUCUAUCAGAAACUGCUUAGAUUUAGAGCUGUGGAUGAACAGUACCUUGGUGACCUACCUGCACCAAAACCCCUGGCUCCGCCUUUUGGGCUUACCACGGCUCCAGUACACACACACACUGGGCCGGGCGCAGGUCACUCUGGGAAACAGCAGCGUGGCGACACAGCGAGUCCUGGACGACCUCCACAUGGGAGCCUUUUGCAUUAAUCAGCUCAAGACCCUCUCUUUGGAUUUUACACAGUAUCACAGAGAGUCCAGUUUAUUUCUAUGUCUGUCCAUCCAACUAGAUUGGACACAAAGAGUCACUUCUUCCCUCUCCAUCUAUCCGAUCCUCAUUCCAUCAUCGCAUGAAGGCUUAGACCUCCAUCUGGUCCUGAUGGUUUUCCUUAUCAGUUCUGCUCUCCUCAUUUUGUUUGGGGAACUGUGGUCGAUGGCUAAUGAGCGUUCUCAGUAUCUGUGUCAAGGCAAACAUUGGCUACAGCUCAUGUUGACUGCAUUGUCUUUGGCGACAAGUGUGCUCCACCUCUGUUUUCUCUCCGAGGCCACUUCCUGUGUUUCCCAGCUGCGAUCUCAACCUGACACCUUCAUCAACUUCCAUGGCCCUGCUCUCCUGAUUCAAAGGUCUUCUCAAUGUGCUGCUGUCUUACUUACUCUUCUGGUCCUAAAGCUGUUGGGAACAUUAAGAUUUGUGCGGAGGUGGGUUCUGAUCAUCAGAGUCCUGAACAGAGCUUGGAAGGAGUUGUUGGCCUUAAGUUUCCUCUUACUACUACUGCUUUUGUUCAUUACUCACCUCGGGAAUACGCUCUUCUCACGGUCAGUGGAAGGCUUUUUGUCCAUGCAUCAGGUGGUUGUUUCACUGAUGUCCAUUCUCCGUGGCCGGCUUGGCCUCCAGAGACUAUGCAGGGUCCACCCUGUCCUCGGUCCUCUCUAUGGACUACUGUUGAUGGGGGCAUGUUUCUGGCUUAUGGCCAAACUCUUAGGAGCUGUUCUCAUUCGUGCUUACAGGGCUGAGAAAGCAGACAUUUAUCGUCCAACGACAGAACCGCAGGACUAUGAGAUGGUGGAGUUCUUCAUCAAGAGACUCAAGCUGUGGCUUGGACUCACCAAGGCUAAAGAAUUCAGGCACAGGGUGAAGUUUGAAGGCAUCGACGUUCCUUCUUCCAGAGUCUCCCAGGAAUCCCAUAUUUCCACUCUCUUUUCCUCCCUUCCAUCUUCUCAGUCGCCGUCCUCAUCUCCUUCCUUUUCAUCUCCACGUCGCUUGUCGUCAUCCCUCUCUGUCUUGUCUGAGGAGUCUUCACUUUCUGAACAAGGGUUUGACGUCCAACCUUUCCUGGACCACCUGCUGCCGUGUGUCAAUGCUUUGCUAUCUCAGUUUGAUCGGGUCACCCAGAUAACUGAGGAUGUGCACAACCUGGAGAGUGAAUUUAGAGCUUUGUGUAGGAGAAAGAAAAGUAAGAUCAGUAACAAGGAGAAAUGUGAGGACAGAUUUAAAAAAUCAGCAAAUCCAAAGGAUCAGGAAGGUGAUGGGAGGACUAAAGGUGAAGUAAGACGCAGGAGGACAGGUUUGCUUUACGCUAAUCCACAAAAAUCCAUUUCAUCCAUGUUUCCUUUCACUCCUUCCACAAUUCAACCCCCUGAUGCACCAGUCCACCUCUGCCCACGGACAAGGAGCUCUCACUCAGAAUCUGAAUCAUUACAUCGACAGUAUCACAUGUCUAGUGACACAACUGAAGCAGCAAAGCACGCAACAGGAAUCUACAGCUUGCAUCCUGUAAAUUCUCCUGCUUUUAUUAGUUUUCCCAAGAGGAGAGCGUGGCAUUCUGGAAGCUCUCACUCAGCUGAUGGAGCUCAAAGGUUGUGGCUAAAACAAGGCGGCGUUGCCCCAUGUGGCAGUUUUGAUCUCACCUUCAACCGACCAAAUAGCGAAGAGGGCAUAAGCAGACGUAUCAGCGAUGGGGCGCCGAAAAAGAGGAAGGCUUGGAUCUCUGAGGGACCCUCCUAA